AUGGCUCUCUUGCACGCUGAUGAUUUGUGGUUUGAGACGAGGCUCGGUGUGGACAUCCCGCGGGUUUACCUAAUUUCGUUCCCACGCUCGGGCAACACCUGGACGCGGUACCUGGUGGAGGGCGCCACGGGAAUCUUCACGGGCUCUGUCUACACGAGCUAUAUGCUUUAUAACCUUGGAUACCUGGGCGAGAAGCAGAACAUUACAUCGAACACGACACUGUUGAUCAAAGAUCACCUGUUCGGAGACAAGAGCGCCCCACGGGACGGCCCGAUAGUCUUAAUUAUACGUGAUCCGAGAAAUGCGAUAACCUCGUAUCUGGCCUUCAAGAAGGCUAGGAAAAUGCACAAGAAUCCGCUCAUCUACAACGGCCCGGAAACGCUUCAGAUUGAAGAUUUCGAGAAGGACUUGGGAAACUACAUUGAUUCCUGGGAACGGGUUGCGACGAAGGCCAUGACGAACCCCACAGUUCUGGUCCUUCGCUACGAAGACAUCAAAGCUGACCCCAUCAGAUCCGUGAGGAAAAUCCUUGCGUUUCUCAACAUUCGUCCAGACGAAGACCGACUCGCCUGCCUCGCAAGACAUGUCGAAGGCAAAGUAAACAGAGGACAACCGGAAUUGGAUAUCUACACUGCUGAACAAGAGAUGAUCUUCUCUGCAGCCAUCGCCAGAGUCUCCAGGCUCAUGGAAUCAAAAGGAUUGCCUCCAUUGCUUUAUAACUCAUAGAAUAUGACUCAGAAUUCUUAACCUCUCCCGUAAAUGUUGCGAAGCUUGAAUUUGAGUUACUCAUGGUACGACAUAAAAGUCAGCGCUGGCCAGAAUGGUGAAAGCGUUCGUUUAUUGAAAAAACUCCAGUUUAUUCAAUAAGCAUAGGUAUGCGUAGAUACUAUCUAAUGCUGAUUUGAUUCUGAUUUUUUGAUAAACUUCCUAAGUUGAUAGUGAACUAUUCAAUUUGUUUCCUUCGCCAUCUUUCUUCUUCCAAUAAAAGUUUUCCCA